CUGAAUGCAGAGUACAUCAGCAAGGAUGGUGUUCCAUACUGCGAAAUGGACUAUCAUGCAAAGUUUGGUAUCAGAUGUGACAACUGUGAAAAGUAUAUCACAGGAAGAGUGCUCGAGGCAGGAGAAAAACAUUAUCACCCAACGUGCGCACGAUGUGUCAGGUGCAGUCAGAUGUUUGCAGAAGGAGAAGAAAUGUAUCUUCAAGGUACCUCCAUUUGGCAUCCAGUUUGUAGACAGGCUGCGAAGGCUGAAGAAAAAAACAAGGAAACGAGGACUUCUUCUGAGAGUAUUAUUUCUGUACCUGCUUCAAGUACAUCAGGUUCCCCAAGCCGUGUGAUCUAUGCAAAGCUUGGAGAUGAAAUUCUUGACUACAGGGAUUUGGCUGCUCUUCCUAAAAAUAAAGCCAUCUAUAACAUUGACCGCCCAGAUAUGAUCUCCUAUUCUCCAUAUAUCAGUUACUCUUCAGAUGACAGGCAUAGUUACGGGGAGUCACCUCAGUUGCUCUCUCCAACACCUACUGAGGGUGACCAAGAUGACAGAUCUUUCAAGCAGUACAGGACGUCAAGUCCUAGCUCUGCUGGCUCGCUGGGCUAUGGUCGCUACACUCCAACCUCCCAUUCUCCUCAGCAUUACAGCAGACCAGACACUGGCGUAAAAGAUAACAUCUAUAGGAAACCUCCUAUCUACAAACAGCAUGCAGCAAGAAGAUCAGAAGGGGAGGAUGGAAGUUUGGAUCAGGACAGUAAGAAGUUAAAGACCAGUUGGCUUAUUCUGAAGGGGGAUAUGGACACCAGAACUAAUUCCCCAGAUUCGGACACACGGUCCCUGUCUCUUACUGCUGGAACUGACAGAGAAAACUUCCCGAGGGCGCAGGAGCGCACGACUGCCGGCUACUCCCGAUUUCCAUAUUCUAAGUCUGCUUCUCUACCUGGCUAUGGAAAGAAUGGCUUACAUCAGAGACCUGAAAAUAUGGGCCAAUAUGAAACGGACCAGGAGGCGAGCUGGGGGAUGAAAGAAUACAAGAUUUAUCCUUAUGAAACACUUAUUGUAACAAACCGAGUCCGUGUGAAAUUGCCUAAGGAUGUGGACAGGACCAGGCUGGAGAGGCAUUUGUCCCCUGAAGAGUUCCAAGAAGUCUUCAAAAUGAGCAUUGAGGAAUUUGAUCGUCUGGCACUUUGGAAGCGGAAUGAUCUGAAGAAGAAGGCUCUGCUUUUCUAGCCCCUCCCGGAUAAAAUAUGUGCUUAAUCAAAACAAAAAUAGUCUUGCCAGAACUAUCACAUGCACUUGCUGUUGAACCAUUGUCCAGCUUCAUUGUGUUAGUAUGUGUCAGGGGAGACAGGACAGAUUAGAUGGCAAUGUGUUGGAAUACAGAGAAUUUGCUAAUCUUGCAUGACCAGCUGGUUUUGUCAGUAACUCCUGGUCCU